ACCAAAAUAAGCCACGUGUCAUAAGUGUUUAAAAUAUAUAUAUUUUUUUUUUGACAUGAAAUGAAAGAUAAGUGUUUAAAAUAUGAUUGCUUCCAAGGAAUUCUUUUCUUCUUCGACUUUCCUAAUUUGAAACGGAGUAGAAUUCAUUGUCUUCUCCACAAAACUCCAUCAAAUUCUUUCCGUUUUCUAGGGUUUCAAGCAGAAUCAGCAAUUUCAAUGGAGGUUUCCGGGUUCCUUCCUCGACGCGUGUCUUGCUUUUCCGGCGUUGCUACUACCGCCGUUCAAUCCUCCAAUCCGUCGGUUAGGGUUCCGGAUCAUCGAGUUUCUGGAGUUUCGUUCGGACUCAGAAGCACUCCCUCGGUUUUAAAGAGUGGGUUUUGCGAUUUGGGUCAUUUGGAGUAUUAUUCCAAAGCUACAAUUAGGUGUGGUGGUGGUGAGAAGAAGAAGAAGAAGAAGGAUAAGAAGGACAAGGUUAAGGAAAAGGGCUAUGGUGUACGAACCAUUGAGAAGAAAUUGAACUUGCUUGAGGCGUUGUCCAUCUCCAACAACUUCAACGCUUCUUCUGAUAUGGAUCAUCAAGUUCAGAACAACUUGAUUUCGGAAGCUGCAAAUGGAUUGCUUACCCAACUUGAACAGCUAAAAGCAGAGGAGAAGGAAUUGAAGAGAAAGAGGAAAGAAGUGAAAGCCAAGCUAAAAGCUGAACGAAUGGCAAGCAUGAUGGAUAGUGAAUCAUCAUCAUCAUCAUCAUCAAGUGACAGCGAAUGUGAUGAGGUGGUUGACAUGAACCAACUGAGGAAUGAACCUAUUUCUCAGCUAGUCCAAGAUAAUGACUUGCCACCAAUGCCUGAAGACUCACUGAAACUGCUGUUAUCCCUUUCGAGUUCAGUAACUACAAAUUCAACCGAUGCUUUGAUUCGCAAAGGCGUAAGCGAACUUGGCAGGCCAAGCACUAGUAGCUGUGGCAGUAUUGGGAAGGUGGUGGAGGUUUGCAUGGGGAAUAAGUGCAAGAAGUCAGGAAGUGCAGCUUUAGUCGAAGAAUUCGAGAGAGUGAUGGGCGCUGAGGGAGCUGUUGUGGGGUGCAAAUGCAUGGGCAAAUGCAAAUCUGGUCCUAAUGUUAGAGUUGUUAACAGGGCUGCUGAUGAAUCUGUUAGAAGUGUAGCCAAUCCUCUCUGUAUUGGAGUUGGUUUGGAGGAUGUAAAUCAUAUUGUGGCUAAUUUAUUUAGAGAUGAGACCAAUGAUUUGGGGUUGGCUGCAUCAGUUUAGACUGUAGAACUAGAUGAAUGUGAAUAGAGAAAUAGAUGUUUCCUUCAAAAA